AUGGCGAAUCGUUACGGCGCAUCUUUCCGCAACGGGAAUGGGUACGGCAACUUUGGUCGACAGCAGGACAGACAGCAGGAUGAUGGCGAUUACGAUCCGUACGGCGAUGAAUACAGAAGCGACCGAUAUGGCUCCUCGGCCCCACGGGAGGUGGCUUCUCGGGGCCCUCCUCCCGCCCAGAGCUCCCGGCGUCAGCAGCAGCAACAGCAGCAACAACUGCAGGCGUCAAGGGGCUACGAGACGAGUGCCGAGAAGCAAAUCGGCCAAGUUUUGGAGCAUAUCAAGGCGGAAUGGCCCGCCAUGUGCGAGAACGAUUGCAUUCCCGUGCAACUGGCGCUACAGCUGCUCGACCCCAGCUCCGUUGGACGCGCCCACGAGUACCGCGCUUUCCAGCAGACUCACCAGUACCUCCAAGACUCGCUGAAAAACAUUGUGCACGACUAUCACCAGGGUUUCAAUAGCUCUAUCGGCACGUUCCACAAGAUCCAAGGCAGCAUACAGGCGUCGCAGAAGAAGGUCCGCCAGCUCAAGGAGUCGUUGGCUUCAUCCAAGACUGCGCUUUGCACAACGGAUCCCGAGCUCAAGAAGCUUUACACUACCUCUCAGAUGUACGAUGACUUGCUCCAAACACUGGGCGAGCUGGAGGAGCUGCGGCAGGUGCCUGAUCAACUCGAGGCGAGGAUAUCGGAGAAGCGCUUCCUCACGGCUGUCGAGGUGCUGCAAAACGCGCUGCGAAGGUUGCGGAAACCCGAACUUGACAACAUCGGCGCAUUGACCGAGCUGAGGAGUUAUUUGGCGAAUCAAGAGACCGCACUGAUGGAUAUCCUGGUGGAGGAGCUUCACGAGCACUUGUAUCUGAAGUCUCCUUACUGCCAGGAAAGAUGGCAAAACUUGGCGAAGAAUCAGGGGGCAUACAGCGAGAACUUCUCAGAUUCUGUAGCUGUUAUGCCAUUUCACAUGGCCAUGGACUCGAUGGACUUCGAACAGGCAGUGCAGGAAGACCCGGGUCGAAAUCCAGAAGCGGACACUUUCUACUACGUCACUCUGCUUGUCGAAUCACUAAACAAGCUGGGCCGUCUGGAAAGUGCUGUCGAGCAGCUGAAGCAGAGACUUCCGGUUGAGCUUUUUGGCAUCGUCAGUGAGACCGUCAAUGAGAUUGACCAAAAGCAUCCAAGCUCGCUCAGGGGAGAUAUGGCCGGCUCACAGGGCCUGCACGUGUACGGCAGUCGAGAGACUCAGAUGCGAGCAGACGUCAUAUACGACCUGCUCUGGUCACUUUAUGGCAAAUUCGAAGCUAUUGCCGAAGGCCACCGUGUGUUCCACGAAUACAUCAAAGCACUUAUACGCCGGGAGGGUUCCGGAAACAACAUCGCCCUUCUAGGCAGCUUCAAAGAGUUGUGGAACCUCUACCAGAACGAGAUCCGGUCUCUUUUGCACAACUACGUCACGACGGACGCCGACGUCUACCAAUACAACUCGCAGAGGACGGGCGCUAAUGGCAAUGGCAAGAUAUCGACGUCUAGGGAGCAUCUAUUCAAGUUUGCCGAGGCAGACGCCAAAUCCGUCGAAAUGGCAACCGAGUACGAGGCCCUUGACGGCAUCAUUCGUGCCGCCGUGCCCGGCUUGACUAGCAAUUCAAGGAAGGCAGGUGCUGAUAAGAAAGCAUCCCAAGCCGGAAGUCGGGCCUCCCUAGACAACUCGCGCAAGAGCGCUAUAGCGUUCGAGAGCACGAGGCAGAACAGUGACAUCUACAAGUCCCUUGUCGAGCCCAGUGUGUUCAACAUGAGUCUUCUCCUCCCCCCUACUCUCGUCUUCCUCCAGAGACUCAAAAACAUUGUACCACCUGGCUCAGAUCUGGCGACGAGCACUUUGACUAGCUUUCUGGAUAAUUUCCUCGUUAAUGUGUUUCAGCCGCAAUUGGACGAGACACUGGGCAAGCUCAGCGACACAGUGUUUGGCGAGGCGGAUGCCUUCCAGCAGGACUCGAACUGGAGUCAACUCGCCCGCAGGCCUGUGUUCAAGGGGUCAACCGCCUUUUUUGCUGUCGUUACGGCGUUCUGCCGGAUGUUAGGCACGAUUCCUCACGAUCAAGCUCUAAGCUCCCUUAUCAUCACACAGAUGAUGCGGUAUUACGAUCGUUGUUUUGGCUGGUUUAAGGCACUAGUUACCAAGACUCAAGAGGAGGCAUCGGACACGCAGACGUUGAGGGCAUCUGCGCUCUUUGCGACGGAACCUGGCGAGAUGCUCGAGACGAUCAAGAAUCUAUGGACAUCAGAGAACCUGGACAGAGAGCUUCUUGACAAAGAAAUUGGGCUCCUCAUAGUGCAAACCAACGAGAAGCGGCUUGGCAUGUCCGAUGUUAUCUCGGACCGCGAUACAAUCUCCUCGCUCUGUUUGCUCUAUACCAGCAUGAAGUGGCUUGCUGUCAAGAUCUCCAGCUUGCGCCACAUCACGCGUCAGGAUACCGACUCCUCGCGAUCUAGCUUGUCCAAGCCAGAAAAGAGACGUUGGACGCUGCUGAACGACCCCAACAAGGCGACUGAGCAAGGACCUGUCUAUCUGCCUAUGACUCAGGAGACAGUGCAGUCCUUUGAUAGUAUCGUAUCCUCGUACGAAGAACUCGCGGCUACAUCACUCCUCACCCUCCACAUGGAGAUUCGAUGCCGGAUAGCCUACUCGCUCCGCGUCGCACUAGACCCGGAGACAGCACCCUACUUACUCGACCAGGACGUGAGCGAGCCGGACCCGGAGAUCCUGUCGCUCAACUCUGAGCUGGUAGUGUAUGACGAGACAGUUACGAGCUACCUCCGAGACCGCGAGGUGGCCUUCAUCCGCACCGGUCUGGGCCUCCUCAUCAACACCUACCUCGUCACCAACGCGCCCAUGACAUCGCCCAUGAACAAUAAGGGCUGCAGCCGCAUGCAGCUCAACAUUCUGGUCCUGCAGCAGAACCUCAAGAACAUCGAGGAAGGGGUCAAUCUCGCGCGCGCGGCUAACUACUACGCGCUGUUUGACCAGGGCCCCGAUGCCAUCGUGGAGAAGGCAAAGGCUGACGCCGCCGCCGCGGCGAGCGGUGAGAAGGACGCAAGCGGCGAUGACGCCGAGAAGUUUACGUACGACGAGCUGAAAGCCCUGGUCGAGUUGUACUACUCGGAGCAGCUGUCGAAUCCGGAGAGGGGCAUUGAGAAUGCCGCGAGGAGGCAAAUGGCGGACAAGCUGCUGGGGCUGAGCGAGCACAUGUGGCAAAGCUGA